CGUUAUGUACGGCCUGAACUCGUUCUAGCGGCUAACUGUAUAAUCGCGGGGAUGAAGGGGGGAGGGGUGCGUACGAGUUGCACUUCCUCAUUUCCUAGAAAUCCGUUCCGGAUUCUGGGUUCCGAAGGCACGUUUUAGGCAAUUUCUUAGAAUUUUGACCAAACCGCGUCUGAUCUAAGGAGAAUAAAAGGUUCGCCAUCAUGAUGUUCCAAACGGUAGAUUUAUUACUUGUUGGGUUUGUAUUAACCGGUAUUAUGAUCAAACCUUCCAAGUGUCAACCUAAUAGUACGAUUCAGCCGAAUGAACCCAAAUGUCUGACGUACCUUGAUGAAGUCGUACAGAUACUCGGUUCGAAGAUUCCGCCGAUUAUCGACUCUAGAAUGACAGACAACUACUACAAUAUAUCCAGAGCCUUGUAUCCUUCGAUUGAUCUACCUGCUCUGUACGUUAAAGUAACGAUACAGUUUUUAAAGGACUACCAGAAUGGCACUAAGAUAAUCGAUGGUGAUACCAUGAAGUUGACCUGGAGUACAUCAUGUACGUAUGUCUCUGUCAAACACAUCAGUCUGUUUGCAAUGACAGUAUUUUCUCUGGCUACGAUAUAUCCCCAGAGAAGAGAGACUGAGUUGACCAUCACUGUACUACCAUUAUGUAAGGACAGUCCUUACAAACAUGACGACGAAGCAAGAACUAAGAUGUGGAGGUAUAUCGUUUCAACGUUUAGUGUUUUUAGGAUGCUGCUACUGCCGCUGUAAUUUUGUCUCUAAAGGAAAAAUAUUAAAGGUACUGCUAAUGAUAAUACUAUUUUUUGCAAUAACUGGUUCAAUUCUCUCACUACUGGCUUUUAUAAUUCACAUUGCUUGCAAAAUUUAUGUUAUUGUAUAUUCCACUCUCAUUUCACU